AUGGCCACUCUGAACUCAGCGGGCCAUACGCAGCAGUAUCGAAUGGACCACCUACACAUCGGAAUCGGCGGCCAUCAGAAUGAACCCGAACAUUAUCAUGAAGGUCAAUUCCAGCCACGUCAGUUUGAGAUUCACGAUCGACAGUAUCAGGCUGGAAGUGAUCUUGAACGUCCUGGCAACAGCGGGCGCUCUACACCUAUUCCGGCAGUACCAUCCAGCGCCGAGCUUCUGAGCUUAUACGGACCCAAACCGAUACGCGCUCAGUUUGCCUGUGAUUAUUGCCGUGUCAGGAAGGCAAAGUGUUCUGGAACAGAACCGUGCGAUCGCUGCAUUUCCAAGAAGCGAGUAUGCACUUUCUCUUCGGUACAAAACCAACGCAAGGUGACUCGCUCUUUGAAAGAUCUACGGGCAGAAAGGACUAUCGGAUCUCCGUGCCGGAGCCCCGUAUCGGCUGUUGCGAGAGCCUUUCCGGAUGUCGGGCCCCAGAGUCCGUAUAUCCGGGUAGGUUCCGGUGUUGGUCGUCGAACUUCACCAAAUGAUCCUCCCAAUUCUGCUACUUUUCGCCGAAACGACCUUGGACCUCUGCCCAAUGCGAAUGCUAGGUCGGGACUGAGCUUGCAAUCAUCUGGCACCAACGGCUGGCCAUACGACUGGGACGCAACUCCAUUGCCUCAAGAAUCUGCUUACGGAGGCCCACGCAGGGUCCACCAGCCUCAGGCUAUUGGUGUUCAGAAUCAGCUGCACUAUCUUCAGCCUCACCAGCAGCACUACCUGAAUUCGCCAGGUCUUGACAUGACGCAGAGCCCUCUCAGUGCUGGAGGCCACUUCUACAGCGCGCAAAGCUCACCAACGUUCUUCCAGCAUGCCGGACAAAGUGCCACACCGGCUAUGAACGCCUUCAGUCCCUCCGUCCAGGGUGGAGCUGGUCUUGGCCCCACAUACAGCAACGCUCACUAUUACGCUGGGAUCGGUCAAGGGGAUCUGACCACUCACGGCUUGUCCUCGCUGCAUCUUCAGCAACAGCACUUCCAGCCGCGCAUGAAUACGCAGUCACAGGUGGGCGAGAGUAGUGGAAGCGGAAGCGAUGAUGUCAACCGCCAACAAGGCUGGCGCGAAGGUCCAGGCACCCUGACUGUCGGUAAUGGCGAUUGUCCGCCGGCCGGAGGUCAGAACAUGUUCAGUGCAAGCAACGAGGCGCUUUCGCAGCAGUCGCAGAUGUCUACGUCGCACACUGAUGUGGGACAAGACGCUUCUAGCAAAGAGGAGCAGCAAACAUGCGACGCUGAGCAGUCUUCACAAUUGCAGAGUGGACCAUUGUCAGCAGAUGACGGUAACUGUGGCAACAGCUCAGUGACGACCUUGAAGGAUGUCUCGAACAAUGCGAGCUGCUCGAAAUCCUUAAGCAGCUCGCAGGGAAGUAGCCACAGUCAGCCCGACUUGAAGGCGGAGCCGAAGGUGGACAGUCCAUCUGGUCACGACUUCACUCCCGAAAGCCUGUCCGUCUAUCAGGGUCAGUCUGCCACGCAAUACUAA